AUGUCUGUACUGACGGAGAAAGAGUUUACCGAAGCCCUGCCAAAUAGCUUAGAUUUAUUCGACUUGCCACCCUAUCAAACCAGCAUCCUGCAACACUAUUACGAAAACAUUAGGCCACUGUCUGUCAUCACCGAUUCCAGUCCGGUGGAAUUUCACAUUCCCAACGGAGGUAAAGACUACAUCAACUUGAGUCAGACUCGACUUCACGUCAAACUGAAGGUCACUCAUAUCGACAAAACACCCUUAGCCGAUAAAGAAAAAGUAGGGCCCAUCAACCUCACUCUGCAAAGCUUGUGGAGUCAGGUAAGCGUGUUUCUACAAGGUCAACAGGUCAGCUCCAGCAAUGGCGGUUACCCUUACAAAGCCCUCAUGGAAACCGUUCUCGACUAUGGAACAGAUGCUAAGACCAGCCAACUGACUACUCAGCUGUAUUACAAAGAUUCAGGUGACACCGUAGACGAGUUCAACUCCGGGGACCCCUACGCCGGCGGGAAUGACAGUCUUGUCAACCGCGGAGGUUUUAUCGCCGGGAGCAAGUCGCUUACCCUAACAGGACCUAUCAUGGAAGAUGUGUUCGGUUUCCAACAUCAACUGGUGAAUGGUGUGGACGUGGGACUCAAACUGUUUCGUUCCAGCACAUCCUUUGUCUUGAUGUCAGAAGAGACCAAUAAAGAUUACACCGUCGAACUGCAAGACGUGUACCUGAAAGUAUGCAAACUCAGAAUCAACGACGCUCUCAUUGUGGCCCACAACAAACAGUUCGAAAAAGGUAAUGCCAUGUACCCGUACGAAAGAUCCGUGGUCAAGAUGGCCUCGGUCGCCUCUUCCAGUCUGAGUUUUAACUGGGACGCCAUGUUUCAAGACGAAGUUCCCAGUCGACUGAUUAUCGCCUUGGUGAGGUCCAAUGGGGUGAACGGAUCGUACAUGGCUAAUCCCUUCUGUUUCCAAGGAGACAUCAUUAAAAGCGUGGGACUGUACUUGAAUGGUACCAGUGUACCACGACGCCCGUUUGAGUCGGAUGACAUCAAGGCUUACGCUAGCCUGUACGAUUGGAAUAACGAAUGGCGCAAAGACAAAGGUUUGAACUUGGACAGCACAGAAUUUCCCAUAGGUCAUGCCUUGUACGUGUUUAACCUGCAAGACAUCGGAGCUGACAGAUCGGAAUAUCUGAAUCUGCUCAAGUCGGGUAAUCUGAGACUAGAAGUCCAGUUUGCUCAGGCGGUCGCCCAUACCUUCAACGUCAUCGCCCUGGCCAAGUUUCCGGCACUUAUCUAA